AUGACCACCUCGGCGUCGAGCGGGCAGCAGGGAGUGAAGGCGGUCAAGUCUAAGGAGUCCAAGGAAUCCGAGGACAAGAAGAAGUCCUCCGCCGCCCCGAAGCCGGAAACGGCAGAGCAGAAGAAGGAGGCCGCCGAUAAGAAGCAGCACACCAGCGACGACAAGAAGCACGCGGCCGAUGUCAAAAAGAACGCCGACCGCGAGAAGAAGACGGUCAAGGCCGGCGAGGUCAAGAAGACGGCCGGGGAGAAGAAGGAGCAGCACAAGCCGAGCACCACCGCCACACGCCCCGGCGGCGGCGGCAAGCCCAUGCGCCCCCGCGCCAUCCUCGUUGACGAGGCGGCCACCGCCGAGCCGGCGCACCUGCUGCACAUGACGAUCCCCAACCGCCGCCGCGCCGCCGCCGUCAAGGCCCGGUCACCGCACGCGCUGAGCGAGAGGCGCCACGCCCCCCACGUCAAGCAGACCGUUAUGCUCAGGCCCGUCGGGGCCGUUGAGGACAACUAA